AUGCCGUUUGGAAUCAAUAACCCGCUACCCUCGUCUAUGAGGAGCGAGUGCAAAAAGGCCGGCAAAAUCCUCGCAUCUUUUGUCGACCCCAGACAGAGCUUUGGGCCUGAUAAAGUCAUUCCGCCCUCAAUCCUCGCAAAUGCAAAGGGUCUCGCGGUCUUAACCGUCUUCAAAGCCGGCUUUCUUGGUUCUGGUCGACUUGGAUCCGGUGUCGUGGUCGCGCGACUGGCCGAUGGCUCUUGGUCUGCUCCUUCGGCCAUCGCCACAGCUGGUGGAGGUUUCGGCGGCCAAAUAGGCUUUGAAUUGACCGAUUUCGUCUUUAUCCUGAACGACUACAACGCCGUGCGAGCCUUCUCACAAGCAGCCUCCGUGACUCUCGGCGGGAACGUCUCCAUUGCUGCGGGUCCCGUUGGACGAAAUGCCGAAGCUGCGGGGGCUGCCAGCUUAAAGGGUGUGGCAGGAGUAUUCUCAUACAGCAAGACAAAAGGCUUGUUCGCAGGUGUCAGCCUGGAAGGCAGUGUCCUGAUCGAGAGAAGAGAUGCCAACGAGAAGCUCUACAACGGCCGCGUCACGGCCAGACAACUCCUGGAGGGGGCCGUCAGACCACCCCCUGCGGCAGAUCCCUUGAUGAGAGUCCUGAACACCCGGGUUUUUUCAGGCGCUGCCUACAGUGACAACAGCAUGUACAAUGACAUGCCAAUUUACGGUGACCAACAUGAUGAUGUCGUCUGGGAAGGCAGAACUGGCGAAGCGUACGGAGCGAAUGUACGCAACAACCGCUCUUCCACAGUCACAUCAGCAGACGAUAACUACGUCUACCGCGACAACCCCAAUCCUCGGCGCGCCAAUACCUGGGCCGACGAUGUUUAUGAUCGAGUACCCGCUGGGCGGAAUAAUGGCACGCCCGAAAGCUUCAACACCCGCAGUCGGUCAAGCACGUUGCAAAAUGAAUACAGCUAUUCCGAUAGCAAACCUACUCGACCUACGGCCCCGAAACCUGUCUUCAGGCAGCGAACUGGGUCGUUGCGCGCUGACCAAGCCAUCGCUCUAUUUACGUUCGAUGCGGACCAAGAGGGCGACUUAGGGUUUAAGAAAGGGGAUAUUAUCACUAUCAUAAAGAGAACAGAAAACAAGACCGACUGGUGGACAGGACGGACCGAAGAUGGCCGGACGGGAAUAUUCCCUUCCAACUACGUUGAAACGGCCUCCUGA